AUGGGGUAUGUUUCUGUUAGGGGCUUUUAUGUAUUUAACUCUAGGUCAGAAAAGUUUGUACUAAUUGAAAAUGAUGAAAAAUUGUAUAAUAUUGGUUGUCAAUGUAAAGAGGGGGUAUUAGACUUAUUUGUUUGUCAACUUAUUGAUGACCCUCUUGUGGAGGUGGUCCCAAUUGCUCUUAUCUGUGGGCCACAAGUGGUUGAAAAUGAGUCUAGGGCAACUUUAGAUGUAAAUACAACUACAGAAAACACUCAAGCUGAAAAUCUAGGGAGUUCUGGCUGGAUUAGAACUGAUAGUGACACUACACCAGGGAAGCACUUAUUUGUCUACUUUUAUGUAUGUUUUGAUGCUCUUAAAAGGGGAUGGUUAGAAGGGUGCAGGAGGAUCAUUGGUUUUGAUGGAUGCUUCUUGAAGGGGUUAUGUAAAGGUGAAUUGUUGGUAGUUGUUGGAAAAAAUGGGAACAAUCAAAUGUUUCCAAUAGCAUGGGCAGUUGUGGACCAAGAGACAAAACAUUCCUGGACUUGGUUCAUACAAUAUCUAGCUGUUGACUUGGAGCUAGGAGAUGAAACAAACUUAAUAGUAAUGUUAGAUAGUCAAAAGGGAUUAGUCCCAGCAAUUGAGGACUGUCUGCCCAUGGCAGAGCACAGAAUGUGUGCCAGGCAUAUAUGGUCCAACUGGGCUAAAAAAUGGAAAGGUGAAGAAAGAAGGAUGCAAUUCUGGAGAUGUUCCAAAUCAUCAUUUGUUGUCCAGUUUAAAGAUGAGCUUGCAAGGUUGUCAAUGCUAGGGAGAAACAUAUGUGAGGAUGCACUAGAUUACAACAAAGAGGUAUGGGUAAGGGCUUAUUUUAGUGAUAUGUCUAAGUGUGAUGUUGUUGAAAAUAAUAUGUAUGAAACAUUUAAUUCCUGGAUAGUAGGACCUAGGCAUAAGUCAAUUAUAUCUAUAUUAGAAGAAAUAGGGUGCAAAAUCAUGACUAGGCAUGUUGAUAUGAGGAGAUUUGCUGUUGCUGCUAUUGGAGGAAGGGGUACUAGCAAUAUAAGCUCAAACAUACAACAAGCACAUGAAACUCAACAGGCAGCAGGGUAUAAAAGGCCUAGACAGUCAGGUUUUGGCAUUUAUCAAGACACAAUGACUGAAAGAAGUAUAUUGAAUCAUGGUGCAUGA